ACAAACACGAAGCAAGUAAAUCGAUUGAAUUACACAUAUGUAUACAGCAUCUAAACGUUGAAGUCGAAAGGAUGACCAUCGAACAAGAAUACCUUCCACGACAAACGACGUUGAUCGAAAACAUCAAGUUGCUCUGUUAUUUGAUUAAGGAUAAAGGGAAGAAGCCGUGUCUGAAGGAGGAAGAAGUAACUCGAAAGAAAAAGUUAGCGGAUGUUGCGAGAAACGUUGAGAAAGCUACCGUCGAAGUAACACAAUGGACGUUUGCGGUUCUGGAAAAGAGAUUAGACUUUAAGCAGUUCCAGCGAAAUGUUGAAAUAGAUUGGAAAGCAGCGGAGUUGGCGAAGAAGAAUAUCGAGGAAAAUUCGAAGGAAGUAUUAAGGGCAGAAAGUGCGAAAUUCUCAUCAGCGAUGUCAGCUGUAAAUUUGCAGAGCAAAACGCGGAAAAAAUCGAUGCAAACCGAAAUGCAAUUGUUGGAUUCUCGUUUAAAAUCUAUCAACGAAAUACGUUGCUGGAGAAAGAACGAUUUAUAUAACGCACGUUACAAAGCGGGGAAACGGUGUUCGGAUCAAUUGAUCAAAUACGACAACGUUAUCGGAGAAGUUUACGCGUACAAAAUGACUCUUCUGUCCGAGAAAGAUUUUCUCGAAAAAGAGUACGCGAUUAUUCAGGAUCGGCUUAUCGCGCAACGUAGUUUGUAUAAAGGAUUGAAGGAGGAGUACGAAUCGAACAGAAGAGAAGCUUUCUUGACAAAAUUGAAGGAGUUUCGUCGAAAUCGUGCGGAACUGUACGACGAUCUUUAG